UUUCUAACUAUUUUUGGUUUAGUGCUGGGAGCCAUUAACUACUCCUGAUUAGGAAAGGUGCCUCAUCAUCAACCUCCGCCUUGCCUCGAAUCAAUCAAGCCAGGCGUAGGCUUCCUAUGCACCGCACCCCAGCGAUUGACCAAGGUUCAUUUACCAUCCGGGACUUUGUUGGAAUAUACAUUUUAUACUACUCUUUUUGCUUUGGCUCUUUUGUGUAUCUUUGUCUCACUCUGCUGUAUUGUGACUGGCUCUGAAUCCGACUGCCUUGGGCGUUCCUAGCGGGCUCGAAAAGCUCACGACUUCUCCCUACGCACAGAGGCGGCACCUACAUUCUUCCAUCUUCUGCUGUGAGCACUCACUGUCUGCCUAUUAGCAUAAUAUCUACCAUAAAGCAGAACGGGGAAGGGGAUACAUCAUAAAAGGCUCUUGAUUGAUAGCUUUGUGUUCCACGGCUAUCCGGGCCCCGCCGUGUUGCCUAAAUCAUCGACCACCACGAUUUAUACGUCCAUUUUUCUUAGUUGACGUUGGAAAAGGUGUUAUAAAAAGAAAGCAAAGGAAUACAGCACUAUGGCAGAUGCAGGAGCCGCAACUGGUCCUAAACCUAGUAGCAGCGUGAAGUUAGUGCUCCUAGGAGAAGCUGCUGUCGGGAAGUCAUCUCUCGUCCUGCGAUUCGUAAAUAAUGAUUUCCAAGAAAACAAAGAACCAACGAUAGGAGCCGCUUUCCUCACUCAAAAAUGCUCCCUGCCAACCAGAACCAUCAAGUUUGAAAUAUGGGACACAGCCGGACAAGAGCGCUUCGCCUCCCUCGCACCCAUGUAUUACCGCAACGCCCAAGCCGCGCUUGUCGUCUACGACCUCACUAAACCGUCCUCCCUUAUAAAGGCUAAGCAUUGGGUUGCCGAGCUCCAGCGACAAGCUAGUCCAGGCAUCGUCAUUGCUCUUGUCGGUAACAAGCUGGAUCUAACAAACGAAGACUCCAGCGCAGCAGCAGCAGCAUCAACAACAGGCAUACAAGCUUCCUCCCCAGCAACUGGGUCACCAGGAACGGAUGCUUCUGAAGGUGGCGACAAUGAUUCCUCUGAUGCUGUCGAGCGAGACCUUGAGGGAGACGAGGAGGAGGAGGAGCAGGAUUCUCCAGCUGGCGAUGCGCGAAAAAUCUCUACUCGUGAGGCAAGCGCGUAUGCGGAGGAAGAAGGGCUUCUGUUCUUCGAGACGAGCGCAAAAACGGGCGUUAACGUGCCUGAGGUCUUCACCGCGAUUGCAAAUGCGAUUCCGGAAACGAGUUUGAAGGGGGCGAGGGGCGUUGGUGCUGGUGCUGGUGCUGGUGCUGGUGCUGGUGCGGGUAAUGGUGGCCUUGGUGGGAGGCCUGGGGAGGAUUCUCGGAUUAAUUUACGGGAUCGUGGGGCGGCGACUGCGAAGGAAGGAUGUGCUUGUUAACGGUGAUCUUUAUUUAAUGAUCUCCGAAAGGAGACUGGUGGACUGUGGAGUAUGGAUAACACAGUUUACGGUUUGGUUGUUGCGACAGCUUAGGGCUCCAUUGAAGCCAUGACAAGCGGUGGGUACCCUUUUCGUGGGUUUGAAUGCGUAUCCCUAUUUUAUUAUAUUUUCUGUACUUUUCCAAUUUUCCUCUCGCGUUAUUUUCAUUCCUGCGACUCUUGCCCUGUUACUCUAUCCGCUUUUCUUUUCGACUUCUAUAUUUGUUCAUUCAUCUGUUAUUUCCGGCUCUGGUUUGGCUGAGUUCUGGUUUUCAGCUUUUUUGAGGUUUUGUUUGUAUUAAGAAUCCAUAAAUGCAACUCAAAGAAACAAAUCGUUAAACUAAUUCACCGUGUGGUUUUUAAAAGUUUGUUGUCCAGUAUAGAUACAAGGUAUCCUGGGUUCAAACUAUUAUUAAAUCACUAUUUCCCUUAAUUACCCAGGUUCCAAUUUACUCACCCAACCCACAUCAUUACAUCGCUGGCUAGAGAGCAAGUUUUUCGCGGACCAAAUAGAAAUGGCCCCGAAAAAAAAAAAACAGCAGCUUCACAACUAAUACAAAGCGCCUUAUCCCUCUUUUCCAUUACACAUUUUCUUGCGCCACUUGCCGAUAAAACUGAAAUGGGGAACUCCAAUCGCAACGGUAGAACCGGAUAGAUAAAAUAGAUCAUAACAUGGGAGAAGAAAAUAAUGAGCGGUCAAAAUGACACUGGGGGAAACGGAAAAGGAACCAGCUACUACAGCCGAUGACAUCGGCUAGUAGUAGAGGUAGUAGAGGAAAUAAGAACGGACUGGGCAUAGUUAUCAUUAAAACAGUAAAAGUAAAAAGUAAAAACACAAGCAAUAAGAAGAAAAGAAAAGCCUAGAAAUGCAUAAAAUAAGGAGAACAACUUUUA